AUAACGACGUUUAAUGUAAUAAAACAACGAAGUUAUCAACAAGCAUACGUCGACGUUAUCAAAUAAUACCAUCAUAAUCCGACUAGACAGUGGAUCAGAUUUCGACCUAGAUAAAUUGAAUAAGAAUUCAAUAACAAGGACGAAUGUCAAGAAAAAAUUACACGUUUUUAUUAAACAGCCAUCCCGCCUUGUAUAGUGCAAAAAUAAAAGUGACAUUACAUUGGGCUUUAAUGUUUGCAGAAACACCAAAUUUCCUAAUUAAGAAGAUAAUAUGACAGUGCUUUACUGUUACUUUGUUUUAAUUAUUGUCGUAUCAAGUUGUAUUUGUCAGCCUACACUAUUUCUACGAACUAGUGAUUGUCCAACUCCUCCAAUCAUGAAAAAGUUCAAGCUAAAACAGAUGGAUGGCCAAUGGUAUGAAAUCAGCAGAUUUCCUAGUCAGUGGGAAAUCGGAAAAUGUAUUCAAGUUUCGUAUAAUGUCUCCAAUGAAGAUGGGACGGUUAAGAUGCGAUGGGAACAAAUAUACAACAAUGGAUCUAUUAACUACGCCCACAGCGUCGGCCACGUGAAGGAAAAAGACCCGCCAGCAAAACUUACCUUGAAGUUUACGAAACCUUACAAUCCAUGGGAAACGCCCUUCUGGAUUUUGGAUACCGAUUAUAAUUCUUACGCAAUCAUUUAUUCUUGUUAUCCGUAUUUUCAUCCAGGAUUGCGAAGAAUGUUCAACACGGAAUUUGCUUGGGUGAUGUCCCGGAAAAGAAAAAUGAGCAUAACUAAGAAACGACGACUGAAAUCUUCAAUAACACAUCAUAACAUUUACACCCAUAUGUUUAUCGACAAUGAUCAAACCGGCUGCGAGGAAUACGAAAAUCCCAGCGCUCACUUUUUCUGAUGAUUGGAAUAGAUUGUGAGAAAAUCAUUUGAUCGAAUAAAAACGGAUUGGAACAGCUCAAUUGCAAUGAAACUUAUUGAAUUAUAUAUCAAAUUAUCUGAUCCCCGUUACAUUUUCAUAAUGAGUUAUACCAUAUCUAGCAUUUAAUUGUUAAAGUAUGAUUGCAUUUAUAAUGCUUAUACACCAAUAUAUAUUAUACACCACUAUUAAGUUGUCUAGCUAUUUUAGAACAUUUAUGGAAAUUACUCAAUCCUGGGUCUGUAAUAAAAAGACAUUGUUGCUGGUCGAAAUAAAGUUUGCAAACUCAAAAUGAUUUUUUUGCUUAAAAGAGUAUAUUGUAUUGCAUAUAGUAAAAGCAUUAUGAGCCGCUUUCCAGAGCACCACUGCAAUUAUUAUAAUCCUUUAUAUUGUUGAUUCUUAUCAGAUUCUGUCACUAAACUUUGCAUAUAAACUUUUCUGCGCCAAGUUGCUUUUACAUUAGGUUCACAUGUAUAAUUAGUAUUGUUAGUCAUAACAAAAAGUCUUUGUUUAUGAAAUGUGAUUUAUCCUACAGACAUGACA